AUGUGGUUGUGGACAUGGCCCGUUUUCUUCACGUUCUGUUAUUCGGCAAGUGUGACGGGUCUUCGAAUUAGCGCAUUUAAUGUAAGGACGUUCGGACAGAGCAAGUCCGGCAAAACGGAUGUCAUGGACAUUCUGACAAAGAUUGUCCUGAGAUACGACAUCAUCCUGAUUCAAGAAAUACGAGACAAGGCCGGAACAGCAAUCCAGAAAUUGCAUCAACUGGUCAACGAGAAUCCGGACCGGAUCAACUAUAACAUGACCAUUAGUGAGCGGCUUGGGAACACCAUAUCUAAAGAACAGUACUGCUAUUUCUACAGGACUGAUCGUGUAACAGUGCUUCGAGCGGAAGUCUAUGAUGAGGGUGGUAACAAUACUAAAUUUGAGAGGGAACCUUUCCUGGUGAAAUUUCAGGCUAGUGUUCAAGGUUUGAACACAUUCGUGCUGGGUGGACUUCACAUCAAACCGGAUCAUGCUGUUGAAGAACUGAUCGAAUUAAGAAAUGUCUUCGACCAAGCAAAAACUGUGUUCAAUACAAAUGAUAUCAUGAUCAUGGGCGACCUCAAUGCUGACUGUUCUUAUGUCCCCAAGAAAGACUGGCCAUCUAUCACGCUGAAGACAGACACUGAUUUUCAUUGGUUGAUUGGUGAUGACGUUGAUACAACAGUGAAAGCCUCCACUGAUUGCGCGUACGACAGGUUUAUCUUGACCGGAAAUGAUUUUUUAUCUGCUGUUGUUUCCGGAAGUGCCGACAUCUUCCGCUUUGAUGACGAAUAUGGUCUUACUGCUACUCAGGCGGAGCAGGUUAGUGACCAUUACCCAAUCGAACUCGAGCUGAAGGAUAUCCCCAAUGACAUCACCACACCGAACGGUCAGUGCGCGGCCAGAAUCGAUAAGCGCUUGCUGUUGAUAGCACUGUGGUCAGCUUUAGUUUUCCUUCAGUGUCCGGUAGCUCCGAAAGACAACGGAGAAAAGAAAACUAUUUCGAUUGACAACUGA